AAGUCUUCUCAAAGAUCUCGCUGGAGCUUUCUGUCAGUUUCACUGUCUCACGCACGCGCGCACACUUUCUCCGUCCAGCCAACACACGCGCAUCCUUCGCUCCGGGAAAACUUUCUUCGUGGAUCUCCAGUUUGGGUCCAGAGUCCAGAGUCAGCAGCAGAUUCUGGGAUCCGAACUACAGUCCAGCCCUGGAUUCCUUAAUCCUGAUCAAUGGACAGAACCUCCUCAGCGGCCAGCAGCGCCACAGACACGCCGUGAACAACUCCUUCUCUCUGGUUGGAGCUCCUCUGGGGGUCUGGGGGAGGAUGGAGCGAGGACUGGAGAGUCCCACGACACAGGACAGCCCUGAGAGGAGGGGAGGAAGUCCAGACCCCAGCAACCUCCCUCCGCCCGUGAAAAAGGGGCGCUUGGAACUGAACGGGAGCCCGACUGGUCCACGUCUACGUCACAACGGGGCCCCACAGAGACCCCUGGGAGGUCUGAUGAUUCCGGUCUUCUGUGUGGUGGAGUCGUCUGAUGGAGGGGUGCAGAUGGAAGGAUGCGACGGAAGAGAAGAGCAUGCUGAGUUCGUCCUGGUCCGGAAGGACAUCCUGUUCUCUCAGCUGGUAGAGACGGCCCUCCUGGCUCUUGGAUACUCGCACAGUUCAGCAGCACAAGCUCACGGUAUCAUCAAGGUGGGGCGGUGGAACCCCCUUCCAAUCCACUUCCUGACAGAUGUUCCAGAAGCCACCGUGGCGGACAUGUUGAUGGAGGUCUACCACUUGGUCACUCUCCGCAUCCAGCUCCAGAGUUUUUCAAAGCUGGAGGACCUACCCUGUGACCAGUGGAACCACACCACUGUCAGGAACGCCCUGAAGGAACUCCUGAAGGAGAUGAACCAGAGCACGCUGGCCAAAGAGUGUCCACUCUCACAGAGCAUGAUUUCCUCCAUCGUGAACAGUUCCUACUAUGCCAACGUCUCCACCGCCAAGUGUCAGGAGUUUGGACGCUGGUACAAGAAGUACAAGAAAAUCAAAGUCGAUUACCUGGAGAAGAUGUGGUCUGGACGUGACGCUGCUGACAUUAAAAUAGAGAGAGACAACAUGGUAGACUUCUGUGUGCCGGUCCAGAGACCUCCUCCUCACUUGGCUGGUCUGAGCCAGCUCAGUCACCUGGGAGCCAGCGGUCCUCUUCUUAAGGUGGGCUCAGGGGACCUCCAGACAGCAUCCCAGCAGCCUCAGCAGGUUCCUCCUCCUCAGCAGCCUGCACCCCAUGGGCCUCUCCAUCACAGCCCAACUCUCCGCUCCAGCCAGGUGCUGCCUCCGCCACCUCCGCCUCCACAUGGUGCCCUGCAGCCCUUGCUGGGACCUGGUAGCCUGCUGUCUCCUCAACUUUCUCCACAACUGAUGCGCCAGCAACUUGCCAUGGCACAUCUUAUCAACCAGCAACUUGCUGUUAGCAGAAUUUUGGCACACCAACACCCCCAGACCCUCAACCAGCAGUUCCUCAACCACCCACCCAUCCCUCGGGGCUCAACAAAAGCUGGUGCUGAUCAUGCUGGAAGCAACUCAUCAGCCUCUGAGGUCUCCUCUGAAAUCUACCAACAAGUCCGAGAUGAGCUGAAGAGAGCCAGUGUCUCGCAGGCCGUGUUUGCACGAGUGGCCUUCAACCGCACGCAGGGUCUGCUGUCAGAAAUUCUGCGGAAGGAGGAGGAUCCUCGCACUGCUUCUCAGUCUCUGCUGGUCAAUCUGAAAGCCAUGCAGAACUUCCUCAAUCUGCCUGAGAGCGAGAGGGAUCAAAUCUACCAGGAGGAGAGAGAGCGCACCAUGAACCCUCCAGUGGGACUUCCUGCUUCCACCCCUUCUAACGCUGGCGGGCCACGCCUCUCACAGAAAGUGUGGGAGAGGAGCCUGGAUGAGCAGAUCACCUCUGACACCUGGGCCUCCAUCUGGAAGAACAAGACCAAAAUCUCCAACUCGCCCAAAGCACCCGGCCCUCCUCCUGACCUCCCGCUGAAGCUGGAGGUGCUGGUCAACAUCACGUCUGGUAUCUAUGAGGACAUUCAGCAGGAGAUGAAGCGAGCCAAAGUCUCCCAAGCUCUGUUUGCAAAGGUGGCAGCCAACAAGAGCCAGGGCUGGCUGUGUGAGCUGCUUCGGUGGAAGGAGAAUCCCAGCCCGGAGAACCGCACCCUGUGGGAAAACCUGUGCACCAUCCGACGGUUUCUGAGUCUGCCGCAGGCUGACCGAGAUCUGGCCUACGAGGAGGAGUCCAGACACCAUCACACGGAGAGACUGCACACCGUCCUCCACCUGCCACCGCAGGACGCACAGGCAAUUGCAGGAGUUACCUCCAUAUGUGUGUCAGGUUUGGGUGAAAUCGAUCAACUGACCUGGGAGGUGGAGGAGUGGAACAAACCCGGUCCUGGUCUGGAAUGCUAA